GCUUAGGGGAAUCAUAACAGGGUUCAACAAUCGUGGAAACUUACGGUUUUGUAUUCUAACAUUAACUGUGGAAUAUACUGGCUGGUAAAUAGACAAGUCUACAGGCCUGUGUCAUGGAGGAUGGGAAGCCAGUGUGGGCCCCACACCCAACCGACGGGUUCCAACUGGGGACCAUUGUGGACAUUGGAACGGACAGCCUAACCAUCGAGCCCCUCAAACAGAAAGGGAAGACUUUUUUGGCACCCGUCAACCAAGUGUUUCCUGCUGAAGAUGACAUUAACAAACAUGUGGAAGACAACUGCUCUUUGAUGUACUUGAAUGAAGCGACUCUUCUAAAUAACAUCCGUGUGCGCUACAGCAAAGAUAAAAUUUAUACUUACGUGGCCAACAUCCUGAUUGCUGUAAAUCCGUACUAUGACAUCCCAAAGCUCUACGCCCCAGAAACCAUCCAGCAGUACCGGGGCAAGUCCCUGGGCACCCUGCCCCCUCACGUCUAUGCUAUCGCGGAUAAAGCGUACCGUGACAUGAAGGUCCUGAAAAUGAGCCAGUCCAUCGUUGUGUCUGGAGAAUCAGGGGCUGGAAAGACUGAGAACACCAAGUUUGUCCUCCGGUACUUAACCACAUCUUAUGGAACAGGUCAAGAUAUUGAUGAAAGAAUAGUUGAAGCUAAUCCACUGCUGGAAGCCUUUGGAAACGCAAAGACCGUCCGCAAUAACAACAGCAGCCGUUUUGGGAAGUUUGUAGAAAUCCACUUUAAUGAAAAGAAUGCAGUGGUAGGAGGAUUUGUGUCUCAUUACCUACUGGAAAAGUCCAGGAUCUGCCGGCAGAGCCAAGAGGAGCGUAAUUACCACAUCUUUUACCGGCUGUGUGCUGGUGCGUCCGAAGACAUCCGGCAGAAAUUCCACCUCAGUUCUCCAGAUUCAUUCAGAUAUCUGAGCGGAGGGUGUACCCGCUACUUCGCCUCUAAGGACACAGACAAACAGAUUCUCCAGAACCGCAAGAGUCCUGAGGACGAUAAGCACCUAAAGGCAGGACCACUGAAGGACCCUCUGCUGGAUGACCAGGGCGACUUCAAUCGGAUGUGUGGGGCCAUGAAGAAGAUAGGCCUGGACGACACCGAAAAGUUAGACUUGUUCCGGGUGGUUGCAGGAGUCCUUCACCUGGGCAACGUUAACUUUGAGGAGGCAGGGAGCACCUCAGGUGGCUGCACCAUUAAAAACCAGUCCAGUCAGACGCUUGAGUACUGCGCUGAGUUGCUUGGCUUGGAUGAAGAAGACCUUCGUGUAAGCCUCACCACUAGGGUCAUGCAGACAACAGCAGGGGGCGCCAAAGGCACAGCCAUCAAGGUUCCUCUGAAAGUGGAACAGGCGAAUAACGCUCGCGAUGCCAUGGCUAAGGCUGUCUACAGCCGCCUGUUUGACCACGUGGUCAGCAGGGUCAAUCAGUGCUUCCCAUUCGACUCCUCUGCUAACUUCAUCGGGGUGCUAGAUAUCGCUGGCUUUGAGUAUUUUGAGCAUAACAGCUUUGAGCAGUUCUGCAUCAACUACUGUAAUGAGAAACUCCAGCAGUUUUUCAAUGAGCGUAUUCUCAAAGAGGAGCAAGAGCUGUACCAGAGGGAAGGCCUUGGAGUGAAUGAAGUCCAUUAUGUUGAUAACCAGGACUGUAUAGACCUAGUAGAGGCCAAAUUGGUCGGCAUUCUGGAUAUUCUGGAUGAAGAGAACCGUCUACCUCAACCCAGCGACCAGCACUUUGCAGAAACCGUUCACAAUAAACACAAGAACCACUUCCGUCUGACAGUGCCCAGGAAGUCCAAACUGGCUGUCCACAGGAACGUGAGAGAUGACGAGGGUUUCAUCAUCAGACACUUUGCUGGAGCAGUUUGCUAUGAGACGACCAAUUUUGUGGAGAAGAACAACGAUGCUCUGCAUAUGUCCUUGGAGUCCCUCGUGAAAGAAUCCAAGGACAGAUUUGUGCGGGAACUCUUUGAAAAUUCCAACAACUCCAAGGACUCCAAACAGAAAGCUGGCAAACUCAGCUUUAUCAGUGUGGGAAACAAAUUCAAGACUCAGCUGAACAUCUUGCUGGAAAAGCUUCGCAGUACGGGUUCCAGUUUCGUCAGAUGUGUGAAGCCGAACUUGAAGAUGGUGAGCCAUCAGUUUGAAGGAGCCCAGAUUCUGUCACAGCUGCAGUGCUCAGGGAUGGUGUCUGUGUUGGACCUGAUGCAAGGAGGUUUCCCUUCCAGAGCGCCCUUCCAUGAACUCUAUAACAUGUAUAAACAGUACAUGCCCCCCAAACUGACCAGACUAGACCCAAGGCUCUUCUGCAAGGCUUUGUUCAAAGCUCUGGGGUUGAAUGAAAACGACUACAAGUUUGGACUCACCCGAGUCUUCUUCAGACCUGGGAAGUUUGCAGAAUUUGACCAGAUUAUGAAAUCUGAUCCUGACCACCUGGCUGAGCUGGUAAAACGUGUCAACAAGUGGCUAAUCCAUAGCCGCUGGAAGAAGGUCCAGUGGUGUGCGCUGUCUGUCAUCAAACUAAAGAAUAAGAUUCUUUAUCGAGCCAGUGCUUGUAUCAAGAUGCAGAAGACGGUGCGGAUGUGGCUGUGUAAGAGGAAGCAUAAGGCACGAAUCGAUGGACUAGUGAAGGUGAGGAGCCUGAAAAAGAGGAUGGACAAGUUCACUGAGGUGGUGUCUGGCCUGAAGGAAGGCAAACAGGAGAUGAGCAAACAGGUCCAGGAGCUUGAUGCGGCUAUCGAUGCACUCAUGAUCAAGAUCAAGAGCACGAUUAUGACGCGCAUAGACAUUGACCACGAACACCAGGCCCUGGUGACACGCUCGCAGCAGUUGCUUUCUGCUUUGCAAAAGAGGAGACAGGAGGAAGAGGAGAGAGAGAGACUGCGUCGCAUUCAGGAGGAGAUGGAGAAGGAGAGGAAGAGGCGCGAGGAAGAGGAGCAGCGGCGGAGACAGGAGGAGGAAGAGCGGCGUCUGAAAGCAGAGAUGGAGCUGAAAAGAAAACAGGAGGAAGAAGAGAGAAAGAGGAGAGAAGAGGAGGAGAGAAGAAUUCAGGAGGAGAUGGAGCGCCAGCUGGAAGCGGAGCGCGAGGAGGAGGCGGCGCGACAGGCCAUUCUGGAGCAGGAGAGGAGAGAUCGGGAACUGGCUAUGAGAAUCGCCCAGAGCGAGGCUGAGCUCAUUCCCGAGGAAACGGUGCAGGACGCCGGCCUACGGAGUAAUGGCAGUGUCCCAUCAUCCCCAGAGAAAGUUGAUGCUGGAUCUCAAAAGCUGAAGAGUUUAUCCAUGGAGGAAAUGGCCAAGGAGAUGUCUGAUCUUCUGGCUAGGGGCCCGCAGGUGCAAGCAAGCAAAGCUGCCGCUGGUACCAAGAAGCAUGAUCUCAGCAAGUGGAAGUAUGCAGAGCUGCGGGAUGCCAUAAACACGUCCUGUGACAUUGAACUGCUAGCCGCCUGUAGAGAGGAGUUCCAUCGUCGCCUGAAGGUCUACCACGCCUGGAAGUCGAGGAACAAAAAACGCAACACCGAGUCCGAGCAAAGGGCUCCCAAAUCUGUCACAGAUUACGAUCAUGCAACUCUUGUGAGAAACGCAUCCCAACAGAACCCUGCUCCACCAAUCCCAGCCAGGCAACAUGAAAUUACCACAAAUCGACAACAGCGUUACUUCCGUAUCCCCUUCAUCCGACCUGGUGACCAUUACAAAGAUCCUCACAACAAGAAGAAGGGCUGGUGGUAUGCCCACUUUGACGGGCCCUGGAUCGCUAGACAAAUGGAGUUGCAUCCAGACAAACAUCCCAUUCUGUUGGUAGCAGGAAAGGAUGAUAUGGAGAUGUGUGAGCUGAGCCUGGAGGAGACAGGCCUGACCCGAAAGAGGGGCGCUGAGAUCCUACCCCGACAGUUUGAGGAGAUUUGGGAACGUUGUGGAGGGAUCCAGUACCUGAGGAAAGCCAUCGAGAGUCGACAGGCGCGUCCUACUUACGCCACGGCCAUGCUCCAGAACCUCAAGUAGUGCUAAUAUACCCAUAAUAAUACACACACACACACACACAAAUACACACACACACUCUUAGACUACAUCAAUUUCCACUUCAAAGGGAAGAAUGCAUUUCCUCAAAUAGCCAGCAUUCAAUAUUAUAAUAUGUGUGACUGUGGGUUCUCAUGUCAUCACUGAACUGAUUUUUAUGUGUCGAUUGUCAUUUACGUUGUUAGUCUGGUCCGUUUUUUUUUUGUUGUUGUUGUCGUUGAUGUUGUUGUUUUGUUUGGUUGGUUUUCUUCUAUAAUUUCUUUGUAAAUUCUAAUUUGCAGUGAAUCAUCGUUAAUACUCUUCCAAUAACAAUGCACACAUAAAGUUUCCUCAGUAAAUCUACAAGUACGAGGCCUUAUUCACUGUGUUUGACAGGGUAAUCACUGGGGGAUUGUCUCAAUGCUGCCUCUUUAUUCAAUAAUUUUAGGAUAUUGUUUGAUAGAUACGGAGUAGAUAGACGAGUUUGUAUAAUUAAGAUGUUGAUUUCAAGAGGAGUGGUUCAAAAUAAUAAGUUCUCUGUAGUGAACAGUCAUGGAAUCGUGGCUCAAUCUGACAUUUUAAUGAAGCUGAAUGACUGAUGAAAAAAAAAAAAAAAUAGUUUAAACAUUUCUGUUUGAUGUGAGACGUAAUGUUCUUUUGAAUGAAUGCUCCACUCUCUUUGGCAUUAUGAAAUUAGAUUGUUAUAGUGCACUUUACACAUCUGUGCAUGUUCAUCUCUUGGAAAACUGUUUUUUUUUUUCUUUUCCAAAUCCUUUGACCUUACAUAAAGCACUAUCAAAAUUUUUGUCAAGGAUUUGUACAAUUUCCCCAUAAUGUUGACUUUAAUGUUGACUUUAACGGUAAUAAUACAACCACAGUAAUAAUGAUACUUUCUUAAUAGUAUAAACAGUUAAUGUUAUUGUUGAUCAUUUUAAUGAUGUCAUUUCAGUCUUGGACAUUAAGCUUGCACUGAUGAGCAAGGGAUUUUAGAUCCUUGCCAGGUUUUUUUUUUUGGAAAGUUUUGCAUGACUUUGAGGAGUACAGAAAGACUCAUCUCAUUUUAAAGUUGAGGAGAUUUAACCACACAAUUUUCUGAGCAGCUUCAUAUGUUAUCUAACCCCAAACCAUACCUUCAGUGUCUCACACCACUACUGAAUGUGUACAUUUAUCUCGAUUCAUCAAUGUUCACUUUACACUAAUCAAACAGUGUUGUAAUAUUGGAGGAAUAAUAGUAAAGUUUAUAAUUUACAGCGAUUCCCCUCCCCCCUAAUCAAACAUGUCAGUAGCUCUUGUCCUCCCUUUGGGCUCUGUAUUUUAUAAUGAUUCUACUGGCCAAAAAACGAUUUUUUUACAAUAAUUUUAUGAUUGAAAACUAAAAUUAGUUUACAAAAUACUUUUUCUUUUUUCAUUAAAUCAAGGAUGAAUGACCCGAUGGUCAAUUCAAAUUAUGCAACAUAUUAACUGUGCAUAUGUGAACUGAGGAUGUUGUUCUGCGAGAAUUAAUGUGUAGGCAAGUGAGUGAGUUACAAUUGCCAUGGAAACAGUUCUUUGUGCAAUGGUCUUCAAAGUUUGUGUUUGUGAGCCAAGUUAUGACGAACGUUAAUUACAUAUAAGAUUCUUCCCAUCCAUCUCUCUCCUUCCGUACACAUACAGCACAUAUAUGAUAUUUUAUAUGAAGUUGGAAUAAAGAGUAAUAUUUCUACUGCAGUGUACAAAAUAUAUUUUCAUGAUGAAUAGGUUUGGGCUAUUUCAUUCAUUUCCUGUAAUAUUACAAAAGUACUUGAUGUCUUCUGUAAACACACUCUCUAACACAAAAUUAAGCUAAAAAGAGAGGGAACAGAACUAUUUGUAGUUGGGCUGUACAUAUGAGACAGUCUCUCUUAAGACUGGAAGCGCUUCCCUCCCUUCAGGUUAUUUGUGAGAAUGAGGUUUGUAACACAUGCCUGAACACAUAGGAAAGAAAAAGCAUUGUUGUUGUGUGGUCACAUAACACGAAUGUUCUGUUCAGCUGCUGUCGGAGACAUCUCAUCAAUUCUGAGUGAAGUAUCUAUUUAUGACUUGAAGCCCCUGGGUGAAUACUACUGUCGGCCUCUUGGUAGAUCCUGUUAUGCACUGUAACUGAAUGACUUUGCUCUUGUAUGUCCACAUGCAUUACAAUCAUUCCUCAGAUUCAGCCUUUCUUUUUCCACACGGGUUUCUAAUGCUGAUUUCUAACCGAUGAAAUAAAUGCAUUCCCCCAUUUCA